AUGGCCAAACCCCAAAAACCUCGCGUGAAGACUAAGAUUAACACCCGCCAAAUCAAAAUUCCUCUUUCACUUUUCGGUGUCGAAAAAAUAAUCCCAAAUAUUGGCGAGCUAUUUCACAAACUAAUUGCAAUUGCUACAGGAGGGGCUAUUAAUGCUUCAACAAUUAUGGAGAUAUCCCAAGAGACAGCUGUGAACAUUGUAGAACAUACUGCACCAAGAGAAUUGCAACUACUAAGGUAUCCCCAAACAUUGCCCAGGCCUAAUCCUUCGAAGUACUGUCAUGCGCAUAUGCGGAGAUCUCUCAUAAGAAAUUUUUUUGCAUCCAUAAGGGCUCGAAUCCGAGACCACUUGCUUAAGCGACCAAAGCCCCUUCCACGUAGAAAAUUGCCAAAAAUAGUAAAGAGGGCAUUUUUGGCAUCAUGUGUAUUUGGGGUCUUAAUAGAUCCUUUAUUCUUUUAUAUUCCUAUCGUCAAUAAGAAAACCAAGUGCAUCGGGUUGGACAACAGUUUGAAGGGAGCGGCUAUUUCACUACGAUCGACAAUGGAUCUAUUUUAUGUAGUGAACAUUGUUAUUCAAAUUUUUAUCGAACCUAAAGUUCCAACAUUUAGGGUCAUGGGGAGAUCAUAUCUCCAUACCAUAGUUUUGACAAAAGGAGCCAUAUUAGUUGAAGAUGCUUUGGCAAUGGCUAACAGGAUUUUGAGGAUCUCAUCACACAUCUUAAUUGACUUUUUAGCUGUUCUUCCCAUUCCACAGGUAGUGAUCCUUAUUUUCAUGGACUCUAGUUCUUUGAAUACGAUGAAGUUUUUGUCUUUUCUUGCUCUGUUGCAAUAUGUACCACGAGUUCUUCGCAUCUACUUAUUGUGUACAAAACUCAACAAGACUCCUACUAGAGAGACUGAAAUAUGGAUUUUAUUUAAAGGCGCAUUCAGUUUCUUUUUGUACGUCCUUACUAGUCAUGUAUUUGGAGCUUUCUGGUACUUUUUAGCUAUCCAGCGGGAGACGGCUUGCUGGCAAAAUGCUUGUCGAAAUAACAAUGGAUGUGAACCUACUACCUUCUACUGUAAUGGUCGUACAAUCAGAAACAUCACAUUUCUGGACGACUUAUGCUCUAUAAAUCCACACAAUACUAAUGCAACACCCUUCGAUUUUGGCAUGUUUGUUGAGGCUGUUCAGUCUGGUGUGUUGGAGUCAACAAAUUUACCGAAAAAAUUCUUUCAUUGUUUCUGGUGGGGCUUGCGAAAUCUAAGUUCUCUAGGGCAAAACCUCGAGACGAGUAACUAUACAUGGGAAAAUAUCUUUGCCAUUUUUAUUUCUCUAAGUGGCUUGCUCCUGGUUCUACUAUACCUCACUACAAAUUUGAAGAUAUGUAUGCAGUUGGUAACUAGAACAUCAGCCAAGAUGAGAAUUAUACAGCAGCUGAAAAUGAAAGAUCUAGAGGUACAACUCUGGUUAUCUGAAAAUGACAUCCCUAAGAAUAUGAAGGCGACGAUCAUGCAAAAGGUGCACAAACAACUUGAACAAAACAAAGAUGUUCAUGUGGAGAAUAUCCUCUCUAUUCUUCCCUUGGAACAAAAGAGAUUUAUUAAGCGACAUCUCUGCUGGCCAACAAUGAAGAAAGUGCCAAUGCUUCGAGUUAUGGACGAUCAAGUGUUGAAAGAAAUCUUUGACUAUCUUAAGCCAGUGAGCUAUACAGAAGACAACCAUAUAAUUGUUGAGGGUGAACCACUUGUUAAAAUGCUCUUCAUCACUCAAGGCAUUUUGUUGACCUACACAACUAACAAUGGUGCUGGAAAAAGUAGUGGAGGUUCUUCAACCACCAAGUGUCUUGGCAAAGGUGAUUUCUAUGGAGAAGAACUUCUAACCUGGGCAUCAACAUUCUCCCCGCUUUCAGACUUACCCAUCUCCACAAGAUUUGUGAAGUCCCUCACAAAAGUGGAAGCAUUUGCACUCACGGCCAAUGACUUGAAGAUUAUAGCGUCUAAAUUCCAGUGGCAUUUUAAAACGGAUGUUGGGAUGACAGUAGAAUUCUGUGUAAAUGUUAUACAAGCCAGCUGGCGCCGCCGUGAUACAAGGAGGGCUAUGAACCGAACCCUCUCAGCUCCAACGAUGAGCACCAGUGGCAAAUCCUGA